CGUGAGUGGCACCACUAGGGAUAGCCUAGUGGUGUUAGGUGUGUUUAGGGUGUAUUAGGUGUGCGGUUCGAUUUCCUGUAAUGUCAAAAAAAAAACGCGUUGCGUGAGUGGAUCGCGCUUUAUAUAAAGGGCCUUGUGUCACAUAAACCAACCCAAGUGAAAUGAACUAAACUGAACUUUCUCCUUUUUUUUGUUUCUCCGAGUGACGCCAUGGACGAAGAGGUGCGCAAGAUCUUCGACAAGUUCGAUAAGAACGGUGAUGGCAAGAUCUCGUGCGCGGAGCUCAAGGAUGUGAUGGCGGCGCUCGGAUCCAAGACGACGUUGGAGGAGGUCAGAAGAAUGAUGGCGGAGCUUGACCAGAACGGCGACGGCUACAUUGAUCUCAAGGAGUUCGGCGACUUUCACUGCACCGGUGGCGGCGUCGACGCCAAGGAGGAGCUCCGGGAGGCGUUCGAGAUGUAUGAUCUCGACAAGAACGGAGUGAUCUCGGCGAGGGAGUUGCACGCGGUGAUGCGCAAGUUGGGGGAGAAAUGCUCCCUCAACGAUUGCAAGAGGAUGAUCAGCAACGUGGACGCCGACGGCGACGGCAACGUCAAUUUCGAAGAGUUCAAGAAGAUGAUGACUCGCUCCUAGCUAGCACUCGCUCACGGUUAAACUGUUACCAAUUUCUUCAUUACCCUUUGUGAUUUCUUCCGGCUUCAUUUUCACAGGCGGUGGCGGCAUUGUUUUCUUCACCAGCUCUACCAUUUCAGUGACCUCUUCAUCUGGGAAACGUUCCUCACAAUUC